GUUGUUGCACUAAAUUCUUUAUCUGGAGUUUGAGGGUUCUGAUCUGCGAUAAAGAGCCAGCUCAGUAGCAAAGAACUGUGAAAUUUCACAAUAAUUUGGCUCACAUUUAGAAGUAGAGAGGAUAUGUAUCGACGUGGACGGGACAUCAACCGCCGAAGCAGAACAUUCAGCCGUACGAGAGUCGCAAUACACACGAUUUGAUACCAGUCAAUUCAACCAACGUGCAUUUCGUCUGCUAUUAUAACCAACCUGAGCUGAGCCGAGUUAGCUGAAGCAGCAGUUGAAUUAUGGAUUCAAGUAAUGCAAAUACAAGGAACGACAUGAAGGAGUUCUGGGAGGGGCAUUCCGCAGAGGGUAGCCUGGAGGAGAUGAUGCUGGACUCCAACGCUUCAAUCUUGACCAAGCAUGAACUACCAGAGGUGAUGGCUUUCCUCCCAGAAGUUAAGGGAAAGAGGAUUCUGGAGCUUGGCUCAGGGAUCGGCCGUUUCACCGGAAUUCUCGCCAAAGCCAGUGGUCAUGUGACGGCUGUCGACUUCAUGCCGUCGUUCGUAGAGAAGAACAGGGAGAUCAACGGUCACAUGGGGAACAUCGACUUCAAACAGGCCGAUGUGAUGGCCUUAGAUCUUCCUCUCAACAGCUAUGAUAUCAUCUUUUCCAACUGGCUCUUCAUGUAUCUGUCUAGUGAGGAGCUGCUUACACUCGCUGGUCGUCUCCUGGGCUGGCUUAAAGAUGGAGGGUUCUUAUUCUUCAGAGAGUCAUGCUUUCAUCAGUCAGGUGACAAGACUCGUAACUUCAACCCGACCCGGUACCGCAAUCCCCGGGACUACAACGCAAUAUUCCAGGGCACCGGCAACAGCGUGAACCAGAAUGAGGGCGUUCUUUCAGACGGCUUUGAAUUGAUCAUGUGCAGAAGUAUCCAGUCUUAUAUCAAGCUGAAGAACAACCCCAAUCAGUACUGCUGGCUGUGGCAGAAGACAAGGCAGGAUGUGGAGGCCAACCAUGGCUUCAAGUCAUUCCAGCAGUUCCUGGACAGCAGGCAAUACUCCCUCAACAGUAUCCUCAGGUACGAGAAGGUGUUUGGGGAGGGCUACGUCAGCACCGGUGGACCAGAGACCACGCAGGAAUUUGUCGAGCUGCUUGGCCUUCAAGAAGAUCAGACGGUCCUCGAUGUCGGGUGUGGAAUUGGAGGAGGGGAUUUCUACAUGGCAGACAAAUACAAUGUCAUUGUUGAUGGCAUUGACCUAUCAAGCAACAUGAUAGAGGUAGCAAUGGACAGAGCACAAGGACAAAACCAACCCAAGGUCAUCUUUGAAAUUGGUGACAUCACAAAGAGAGAGUACAGUCCCGAGUCGUUUGAUGUCAUCUACAGCAGAGAUACACUGUUACACAUCAGUGAUAAACCAGCCAUCUUCAGAAAGUUCCUGACGUGGCUGAGGCCUGGUGGUAAGCUGCUGAUAUCUGACUACUGCUGCGGUGAACUCCCACACAGCGAUGUCUUCAAGGCCUACGUGGCCCAGAGAGGGUACACCCUCUACACCCCGGCAAAAUAUGGACAGCUCUUGGAAGAAGCAGGGUUUGUGAGUGUAAAGGCUGAGGAUAGAACAUGGCAGUUCAAAGCCAUGCUACAGAAAGAACUCAACAGAAUGGUGGAUCCCAGCCUAGAUAUCCUCAAGGACUUCACAGAGGAAGACGUCAGGUCACUGCAGGACGGAUGGAGGAGCAAGAUCGAGCGCGUCGACGCCGGCAACCAGAAAUGGGGGCUCUUCUAUGCCGAAAAGAGUGCAUAGGCUUGUGAUGCACACAGUGGAAGGCAGCUUCCUGGUUCAUGUUCACAGGCAGUGGCGUAGUGAGGGGCAAAACGUUGAGGAGGCACCAUCCCCGUCGGUGGGGUUCCAGCCUUACUCGAUGGAUGAUGUGGAAAUUAACAAGGGCAUUGAUAAUAAUAAUAAUAAUAUUCCACUUUUAUAUAGCACCCGAUACAUUGAUACAACAAUGUGACUAAGUGCUUUUUAUUUUAGUGCUUUACUAUUUAUGGUUGUAGGGCAACAGGAUGGAGUGAAAGUAUCUGUGCAAUUAUGGGUACCUUUUUGUAUUGGACAUUCGAGGCAGCUUAUGGUAGCUUCAAAACAAAUCAAAUUGAUGAUAUAGCGUGAUAUAUCUCCAAUUCCCUUUAGAUGCUUCUGUAUAUCUAUUUCAAGUCUCAUGCCUGUAUACAUAUAUUAUUACUGUUUGUUGUGUGGUCACCAUGUACAUGGUAGGGAUAAAAUGAAAUAUAUUCAAAAGCGAAAACUCAAGUAUUUUAGACUUUUUAUAAAUUCCAAUUCAAGAACAUGAAGUGCCCUCGAUAAUAGAAAAUAUGAAUGAUUUGAAUCAACAUUUUGUGCCCUUUAAAAUAACUUGUACAAAAUAUUUUCAUAGAUGCUAACAGCUUUCCAUAAUUGUUAAGUCCAACUUAGAGAUAAGUUCAAAUUGGGAUCUUUGUGAAACACCCCCAGAUCGUGUAGAGGAACCAGAUGGUUCUUGUCUAGAGCCUUGGGAAUCAGCGAAGUCGGCAGAAGUCUGUAGGAAUAUCCAUUGAAGGAUGGGGUAGUAUUGAAAGCACUUGCUCAAGAAAGGAUGCUCAUGUAACCCAAAUCAGAAUUAGGUUUCCGCACAGGGUCUGAUCAUGCAAGCUAGGUUUUAUGUCAUCCUCCUUUCUCCUUAACCCUUAAAGAUGAAGUUGAGUUCUGGUCAUGCGAUUGCAUUGUGAAAGAAACGGUGUGGAACCGACCAGAAAAGGU